AUGUCGUCUCUGUCGUGGGAGUUUCAUUUGCCGCUGGCCCCUGGCGACCUGCUGCGGGGCGCCGGGCCCGGGCGCUAUGUCGUGCAGGAGGUGCUGCCUGCCCGCGAGCUGGCAGCCCCACUCGCAGCUUUCCGGGCCGCCUUCCGGACGCGAGGCGCGCUGGCCGUGCUGCAGCACUUCGACCCCGUCUACAGCCUGCUCCACCACUUCAGAGCUGUGGGUGCUGCCGUCAAGGAGGAUGCCCUGGAACUGAUGAUGCAAGUGGUGUCUCGUCAUUCCAAUGACCUUCCUGCCAUCUUGGGUGAUUCUGGCCUGAGCCAUGCAGACCGUGCUGCUCACCUCAAUGCUCUCAAGAUGAGCUGCUAUUUGCUGACUGGCCUGGUGGAGGCCUUUGAAAUGGAAACCUGCAAGAGUGGUUUGGUGGAGCUGGAUCCUAGUGGAAAGAACAAAAAGAACCGUGCUAAGGCCUAUGGAUUCUCCUGGGAAGAGGAGAGAGAGCCGCUCAUACGGUUGCUCACACAGCUGCUGCAGCUGGAUCUCCGUCGACUUUGGAGUGGUUUGGUGGUAGAAGAAGAAUUUGUCAGCUUAAUGACUGGAAGCUGCUACCGUAUCCUGGAGAACCCAAGUAUUGGUCUUCAGAAGCAUCGAGCCACACGGGAGGCAGUGACACAUCUGCUUGCUGCGGCUUUGGUUCAUUAUGAUCACAUGUUCAGUGGCAUUCUGAAGAUCACACAGAUGCUGCAGCACUUUGAACAUGUAGCCCCAGUGUUUGCUCAGGCUGUGAGCCUCUGGGCUACGGAGUAUGGUCUGAAAAGCAUGGUGGGCGAACUGCUGAGAGAAAUUGGACAGAAAUGUCCACAGGAUCUGGCCCGUGAUGCUUCUGGAAUCAAGGGUUAUGCUGUCUUUAUAACUGAACUGGCUGAAAAAAUUCCAGCUGUGGUGCUCUCCAACAUGAGUGUUCUGCUACGUCACUUGGAUGGAGAGAAUUACAUGAUGCGAAAUGCUAUUCUGACAGCUGUGGCAGAAGCACUGCUGAAGGUGCUGAAUGGUGACAAGCUAGAGGAAGCUGCCCGUGGUACUCGGGACCAGUUCCUGGAUAUACUGCAGGCGCAUAUCUGUGACAUCAAUGGAUUUGUGCGCAGUCGUGUACUGCAGCUUUUUACUCGAAUCGUUCAGUGCAAGGCUCUGCCUUUGACUCGAUUCCAGUCCGUGGUAUCUCUGGCUGUUGGGCGUCUCAAAGACAAAUCUGUGGUGGUUGUUAAAAAUGCCAUCCAGCUCUUGGCUGCGUUUUUAUCCAAUAAUCCAUUCUCCUGCAAGUUAAGCUGUACUGACUUAGUUGAACCACUCAAGAAAGAGGUGCAGAAGCUGCAAGAAAUGAGAAAUCAGCACAGAGCCACAGCUGCUGCAGUGAUCACCCCAGAGGAAGAGUGGGAAGCAAUGCUGCCAGAGAUUAGGGCUGUCAUGCAACAACUCAUUCAACCACUGCAGGGAGAGGAAGAAGAGGUACUGGAAGUUGAGGAAACAGCAGAGCGUACAUCAGAGCGAAUUACUGGGUUGCUGAGGAAACUGAACUACAAGGGUGCGAUUCACCUUACACAGAAGGCUCUAUGUCACUUCCAGGGGCUGGAGCCCUUCAAUGGCCCCAAAGAGGGAAACAAGGAGGCCACAAUCCUGGAUGUUUUGAAGAGACUCUACACAGGUUUAUGCCCAGGUGAGAACACUGAGGAUGCCUCACAUGGCAGCAGUAGUCCUGUGAUCAAAGAUGUUAUGCUAGAAGAGCAGCCUCAAACAGAUCUGGUCAAACAGGAAAUGUUGGUGCAGUAUCUGCAAGAUGCUUACAACUUCUCAAUGAAAAUCACAGAAGCCCUGAGUCUGAUCAGCAAGAUGAUGUAUGAAAAUUCUGUCUCAGUGGUGCAAGAAGCUAUUGAGUUCUUUGUGACAGUCUCACAGUUCAGUGUCCCCCAGGCAGUGCUUGGAGUCCGCAGGAUGCUCCCCCUCAUAUGGUCAAAAGAGCCUGGUAUUAAGGAGGCAGUGCUGAAUGCUUACAGGCGUCUCUAUCUCAGCCCACGUGGGGAUUCAGAGAGGGCAAGGGCCCAGAGCCUGGUGCAGUCUCUCUCUCUCAUCAUGGUGGAUGCCUCACUAGGAACAAUACAAUGCUUAGAAGAAAUAAUAUCAGAGUUUGUGCAGAAAGAUGAAAUAAAACCUGCUGCGAUCCAGCUGCUCUGGGAGCAGUUCACAGAAAAGUCUCAGUGCUCAUUGCUGGAACGACGUGCUGCUGUGAUGCUGCUGGGGAUGAUGGCACGAGGGAAGCCAGAGAUCAUAGGUAGCAACCUGGAUGUCUUGGUGACCGUAGGUUUGUCUGAGAAGGUAUGUGAAGACUAUCGUCUGUCUCAAGAAGUGUGCAAUGCCAUCUCCAAACUUGCCAGUAACCCUAAGCCAGCACUGGGGAAGAGCAGUGCACCUUUUCGGCUGCCACAGACACACAUGCUCUUUGGCAGCCUAAGUGAGGCUGUAAGUAAAGGCUUUUCCCAGCCAAAUGGUCACUGGAUUCCUUUCAUGGAGACAGCAGUAACACUUAUCUACCAGCUAGCAGAAGGACCAGAGGAGAUUUGUGCUCACAUCCUGCAGGCAUGCAGUCACCAGGCUCUGGAGAAGCUGCAGGAUACUGAUGCGCAGAAAGCAGAGCCAGGGGCUUCUCCCAGCAGAGUCUCUGAUAGUGCUAGCAGUCUCCCUACCUUCCUGCUGAUGCACCUGGUGUCCCUUGUGGGGCAGGUGGCACUACAGCAGGUAGUGUAUUUGGAAGUAUCUGUGAGCACAGAGCUACGUAGACGUCGCAUCCUCAGGGAGGAGCAGAAGGCCAAGCAGCAUUCUGAAGGCAGCGCAAAGAAACGGAGACCUCGGAGCACAGGAAAUGAGACCACUAUGGAGGAGGAAUUGGGCCUUGUGGGAGCCUCAGCUGAUGAUACUGAGGCUGAGCUCAUCCGCAGCAUUUGUGAGACCGAGCUUCUAGAUGGCAAACACCUGUUCUCUGCUUUUGUUCCACUGGUGCUCAAGAUCUGCAACAACCCCGGGCUCUACAGUGAUCCAGCACUCUCAGCUGCUGCAGCCCUGACUCUUGGCAAAGUCUGCAUGAUCAGCUCUGAGUUUUGUGACUCCCAUUUGCGCUUGCUGUUCACCAUGAUGGAGAAGUCCACUCUACCUGGUGUGAGAUCCAACCUCAUGAUUGCAGCAGGAGAUCUGGCCAUCCGCUUCCCCAAUCUGGUGGAACCUUGGACAUCACAUCUCUAUGCCAGGUUGCGGGACCCCUGCCAAAAUGUGAGGCAGACAGCUGGACUGGUGAUGACUCACCUCAUCCUCAAAGACAUGGUAAAGGUGAAAGGGCAAGUGAGUGAAAUGGCAGCUCUGCUCAUAGAUCCAGAGGAGGCAAUCGUGGGACUGGCUCAGAACUUUUUCAGUGAACUCUCCAACAAGGGUAAUGCCAUCUAUAACCUGCUUCCGGACAUCAUCAGUCGUCUCUCAGAUCCUGACUGCGGCGUGGACGAGGAAUCCUUCCGUACUAUUAUGAGGCAUUUGUUCUCAUAUAUCACAAAAGACAAGCAGACAGAGAGCUUGGUAGAGAAACUUUGUCAGCGAUUCCGGACUUCCAGAACUGAGCGUCAAUAUCGGGAUCUGUCUCACUGUCUUACUCUGCUUCCCCUCACGGAACGGGGCCUUCACAAGCUGCAAGACAAUUUUGACUGCUUUGCAGACAAGCUCCAAGACCCAGCUGUCUACAGUUGUUUCCAAGCUGUGCUACUUCGAUUCCGCAGAGCAGCCAGCAAAACUGAGUCCAAGGCUCUGGCUGAAGAACUGGAGCAGAAGCUGCAAGCUUGCAAUAGCCGAGGACUGGAAUCAGCAGAGACAUGCCAGGAAGGCAAUGAAACUCUACUGCCAGAGCCAGCCAAGCGGAGACCAGUGGAAGGCUCACACCGCCAGCCUCUGAGCACAGCCAACAGUAAUGUGGGUGAACCUUUUGUCACACCUCCACCUCGGGCACUCCGAAACCAUAAGAACCAUAAGUGUACCCAAAAGCGCCGUCCACCCAAAAAACCUAUUAUCACCUUCUCCAGUGAUGAGGAGAACAGUUCUGAGGAUGAAUUCCCAGCAGAAUUAACAGAAGAAGAAACCCCCACAAAAACAACUCCCAUCACCAGAUCUUCAGCCCGCCGGGUGUGCUGAGGGAACCAUCUGCUGCUGUCUUUAAAAAUAAAACUGGUUUUA